AUGGCUCCAAGUUACCCGAGCUUUGAGUGGGUAUCUCAGCUGUCUGUUAGGUUCAAGGUUCCAAAUAAACAACUUGUAUACAAGAUACUCGAGGAUUGCGAUCAGGAUGAGCGAUUACAGGUUAAAGCAGCUGGAACCCUGCUAUAUUAUCGUAUCAAGCGCCUCGCAGCUCUCUUGUCUCGGCAUCGGAUCCAGUUGAACGAUUCUACACCUCUUGAAGCCGACGUAACGCUGUUCCUCCCUCCAUCACCGUGCCCUCCUCCAAAGCCGACAACGGUCCGCCCUCGCGGGUACAGCACUUCUCUUGCAACUAUCCCAGAGGAAAAUGAGCGUCCAAGCGGACAACAACCAGCCUGGAUUGAACACUACGAGUACAUGCCUGCUGAACGCAGAUACGGCAUGUGCGUAAAUCCUAGAUACACACUUGACGAACUUCAGAUAGGAUUGCCUAUGUGCGGAUAGACUAUAAUAUCAAAUGAAGUUCCACAGACAUCGUCGGUUUCGGAGCUCUUCCGCCUGUGCUUGGUUUCUAGAGGCAUGGAUCCUGGAUUUUGUAGUUGGUAUUCAGGAUAGCGUUUUGUAGGCACAGGGGGUUUGAUGCAUUACAUACAGGACUAAACCCCAAUAGAACUGUUAACAUAUUACAAUCUCUUUACCUUAGGACUUGCGGCUGCUGCUACCUCUAUCUUUUUGACCAUUUUACAUUCGAUGCUGCUGUCGUCGUCCCUGACCCUUCCGCGCGGAAGGCCCUAACCCUAACUAGCUUGCUUAAUAUUUUUGAAGGUGCGUAGAAAAUUGCUCCUUUAGCUGAAUUGUUGGUAAAAAAAUU